AUGUCUGGACUAAACACGGACCAGGUGCACCGUUCCACACUAGGCAUCUAUACGAAUAUACUGGACCAGUUUAACCCCAGCCUACAGAGACUGGUAGCACUGGGAAACAGUUACAUUCAGGCUUUCCAAGCUCUAGCUUUGUCAAGUGAAGCGUACUUCAAUGCUCUGGCCAAAAUUGGUGAACAAGCUCAACAGACUAAAUCAUCAAGAUCUUUGGGUGAUGUACUGAUCCAGAUUUCGCAGAGCCAGAGGAGACUGACCAGUGAGCUGGAGGGAAUGUUUCGCUGGUUCAAUAAUGAGAUUCUUCAGAUGAUGGACAGUAACGUGCGUCUGGAUAAAGACUACAUUGCAGGCAGCCGAAGGCAGUACGAGAUGGAAGUUAGGAAUCAGGCAACAGCCCUGGAGAGACAGCUGGGGAGAGGGGGCCCACCGGACAAUGGAGAGUACAUGCAGUUCCUAAAGUUCAGUCAGAAUGAGGCCCUGAAGGAGGAGGAGAGGCGAUACCGCUUUCUGGCCGAGAAACACUGUAGACUCACGCAGACAAUAGCCCUGCUCAUGAACAGGACAGGGGGCACUCUUCAGCAGAGAGCAGAGGAAUGGGGCAACCAGGUGAAUGAAACAAGGGCGUCUGGUCCCCGCACUCCGUCUCGCCUGGAGGAGCCAAUGGCUGAUGUCCGUGGUUAUCAAUGGGGUAACAGAGAUGAGCCCCAGCUGGGCAGAGUGCCCUCUAGAGCUCCAUCACCUCAGCCGUCUCGUUCUCGUUCGAGCUCGUUUGGAGAGUCUCUGGGUGGAGCUAAGUCGAUGCGCGCUCUGGUGGCACAUCCUCCUUCUACUAACUCCACCCUCCUGCCGUUCAGUCGCGGCGACAACAUCACUCUCCUCGUCCCACAGCCAAGAAACGGAUGGUUUUAUGGACGGGCAGAGAGCACUGGACGUCAGGGUUGGUUCCCUGCAGCUUACGUAGGACCCAUAGAGGAACCUCAAGAACCACCUGGACCUAGCUCCAGCAGCCUCAGGACCAGCCACAGCAUGAGUGACCUUCUAGACCACCAAUCAACUGCCAGAAAACAGUCAGCAGCCCCGCCUCCGCCUGCCCCUCCAACAACGAGAUCUACUAAUUCCCGUCAAAUGACUCCAACUCCUUCACAGAACAGAAGACAGGAAGACUAUGGACAGAGACCACAACUCUUCCCUAGAGGCACCAACCCAUUUGCCACUGUGAAGCUGAGACCGACCCAAACGAAUGACAGAUCAGCACCAAGGAUUUUCUAA